GUGGGUAAAUGAGAGGAGCUAGCGGCGUCCCGUCCCGCACUGUCAUCUAGUGUUAGCUAGCCGACAGCUAACGAAGAUGUUGCUAGCAAUUUGCAUGACAACAGCGAAAACUAAUAUUAGCUUUCUUCAGCCAAUCAAGUUCAGAGGACCAUGUAUAGGAAGUAAGCGACGGCAAUGGAAGGGAAAGGUCCGUACCGCAUCUAUGAUCCAGGUGGGAGUGAGGUCAAGGCCAGGGAGGAGGCUGGAGGGGGAAGCAGCUAUCGACAGCUACUGGAGGAGAACAGCAUAUUGAGGGAGCGGAUGAAGGGACUUAAGAGCUUAGGCGAUUUGCUGGAAGAGUCUCAGUCGGAGGCAUCGAGGCUUCGGCAGCGAGUGGAGGAGCUUGUGAGAGACAACGAAGCCCUGAAGUCCUCCAGCUUUGCUGCCAGUCUGUGUAUGGGAGGACCUGUUCAGACUGAGACACAGAGUAAACCCUGUUUGCACACCACUGCAGAGCAGAAGGAGGAGCAAACAAGCUGUUUAGGGAAGACCCUUCAGUCUGAAAAGCCUAAUGAGGCCUUAUCGGAGUUUGAGGUGGUGAAUGUGGAGGGAAAAACUUCAGAUGCCUUGACUGCCGGGUCAGUGGCAGGAGUAAUCCCCCUCCUUCCUCAGGAGAACAUCGAGCUCGCGAGCCAGCUGAAGAGGCUAGAGAGCUCUUUCAGCAUAUUUGCAGAGGAGUCUAACCCAAACCAGCUGUUGGCUCACCUUGGCCGCAUGGCUGUGGAGUUCCACCAUCUUUCCUCUAAGGUCCAAAAGAAUGAACAGAGAACGUCCCUCCUACAGACUCUCUGUGAGCAGCUCAGACAGGAGAACAAUGAGCUUCGAAAGAAAAUGGAAGAGGAUCAUCAUAUCAGGAAUCGAGACUUGGAACAGCUGAGACAGGAGAAUCAGAAACUUAAGGAGCUGGUCACAGGAGGAGCAACAGCGGCAUCGGCGACGUCGCCAUCUGACACCGAAACGCCAGAGGCCAAAGAGGAGCCAGUUAAGGAGGAAGCUGCUGCUGUCCGACCUAAAAUGGAGGCCUCAACACCGCAGAAGAGUGGAAAAGCUGCAGAGAAAACCCCAACUAAACCUUGUGAUGUAGAGGUGUACGAAAAGAAGAUCAAGCUUUUGGAGAAGCAGAGAAAGGAUGUACUGGAGGUGAACAAGCAGUGGGACAUUCAGUGGAACUCCAUGAAGUCACAGUUUGAGCAGAAGAUCACAGACCUCAGACAACGACUGGCCGAGUCCCAGAAAACGGUGCUGGAGCUGGAAGCCGAGCGAGAGCAGAGGCAGCGCGACUACGACAAGAAGCUGCUGCUGGCCAAGUCCAAGAUUGAAAAUGUACAGGGGGAGAAGGAGUGUUUAAACUCUGAAACCACUGAGCUGAAGCAGAAGAUUCGCUACCUUCAGGAUCAGCUGCUGCCGCUCAGCAAACAGAGAGAGUACCAGGAGAAGGAGAUCCAGCGCCUCAACAGGGCGUUGGAGGAAGCCUUAAACCUGCACUCCCCUUCAUCCUCCCAACAACCUCCUGGCCAGGGCAACUUUGCAGAUGCAGCCAAUAACCUGAAAAAACAGGAACUGCUCACUCAGAUUGCCGUACUAAAAGAACAGGUGAAAAUCUUUGAGGAGGACUUCAGAAAAGAAAGGAGCGACAGGGAGCGAAUGAACGAGGAAAAAGAGGACUUAAGGCGGCAAGUUGAGAGACUCCAGGGUCAGAUCACUAAUCUGACCAAUCAGCUUCAUCAGGCGCAGAACGAGUGUCAGAGAGAACGAACAGAGAGAUGUAAACUGGAGAGACUGCAGAUGCAGCAUCACAAACAGGGGCAGCAGCAGGAAAGACGUACCUCAGACCCCACGUCAGGCUCAGUGAACGGCCCGCUGAGCCCUCCCUACUGUGGUCCCUUUGUGCAGGUGGGACCGCAGGGCCUUGAGGGUUGGCCCAUACACUUCCCUCCCAGGAUGCCCAAUGCAGCAGGCGCCACAGCCGCAGCCGCCGCAGCACCACCCCCUGUACGAGACUUCCAGCCUGUUACCCCGGGUUUUCCUUGGCAGAUGUCAUUCCCUCAACCCAGAGGGGCCAGAGCAGCAGUAGGAGAGAGUUCGAGACCACCACCAGAGAAUGCAGAUCAGUCAGCAGCAGCAGCAGCAGCAGCAGCGGCGGCCGCGGCAGCAGCAGGAUUCGGAAAAAGGGAGCGACAGAACAUUGACCCUGGAAAGCACUAAAACGUCACCGUACCCACCGAACAGUCUGGGUAGUAGCAUGAAAUCAGUUUGUUUUUGAGUUGACAAGGUGUGAUUUGAUCUAUAAUUUUCCUACUGAACUGUAGAUAUCCUAUUGUAAUGUUGUUUAUACUUGCGUUUUAUAAGGCUAUUUGUGAAACACUUCGCUAUUCUGAAUAUAUACAUGAAAUAUUAUUUAGAUUUUUUUAUCGGGAACUUAAGUCAUUUGUUAAAUAGGUUGGAAUAAUUAACAUUGUUCAGUUGUUUUGGGUUUUUUUUCCAGAAAAAUAUUACCUAUGUGAUUGUUUCUCUGCAAGUACGUAACAACUUAACACUCGGUUUGUUACUUGUAGGGUUACAGGAAGCCAUUCCCCAAUAUGACUACAUAUACUCAUUCCAACAAUGAAUGAUUAUAUAGGUACACUGAAUCAUAGAAUUUACAAUGUGAAUGUUAAUUGAUUUAUGAGGGUUUCUUCAGUACCAUCGAUGUUAUAGAACUGUCCCAUAUGUGUAACUGUUCAAAAGUGGUUGUUGAAAUACAAAAAUUUUGGGAAAUGAAUUUUGAUGGUAUCAUACCAAAAACAUUGAUUGUGAUUAUGAUAAUUUAUUUAUAACCUGCUGUUUUGAUAGUUGCAUUGACUAAGUGUAAAUCAUUGUCUUUAGUAAUGCUGUUCUUUCUAUGUUGUUAGUGUAAUCCCAAUAUAUUGUAGCUAUUGACAUUGUAUGUUUGUAUCAGACACAAUACACAAUGCACAGUACAUACACAACCUUUUUCUUUUCCCCAUGAUGAUGGACCUAAUCUCAUUAAACAACACUUCUACUUGA